UAGCCCUUCGAUGAAUCGGAUUUCGUCUGAGCUCGAUUCUCUUCGACGCGCUCUACCGCCAGUGGGCUUCGCGAUUUCCGCCUCCCGAUCGGUGGCGCGCUCUCAAGUGUGUUUUGUGAUAUUAUGACAGGAAACUGGAACUCAGAUAAGACAUGGCUGCAAAAGUCAAUCCUUCAUCUUCUUCUGAACCUCACCAUCUGCAGUCUACUGCUUCAAUGUCCAUUACAUCUACAGUUUCAUCAAGUACUCAUAAGGUCUCCAUGUUGGGGUCAAAAUCUGGAUUUGUCAUACCAAAAAAUAAGUUGUCUGGUUCUUUGGUUCCUAUCAUCCGAGCUGGUGGAAAAGUAGAAGCUGGCAGUACUGUCAAAGAAGAAAGUACCAAACAAGUUCAGAGGAAAACAAAAUGGGGUGUUGAUCUAACACUAGAUUCUGCUGUCAGGAAGGGAAGAGCUUUAGCAUAUCAGACUCGACUGGAGCAAAUAAUACAACAGCUGAAAUCUGGAGCUCUGGAUAUUGGAGACAAUCAAGAUUCUCAGUCACCAAAGCAUGCUUCAAACUGUGCUUCUGCUAGCCACCAGUCCCAGAAGCUUGAGCUCUUGGAGUUGGAAAGACGAGAAAUUAUUGGCGAAAUAUUACUUCUAAAUCCUAGCUACAAAGCUCCAGCAGAUUAUAAACCAUUGCUGAAAGAAGCCAAAGUUCCUAUUCCUAUUAAAGCAUAUCCAGGAUACAAUUUUAUUGGACUCCUAUUGGGGCCUGAAAACAAUAUGCAGAAGCGGUUAGAAGAGGAAACAGGAGCUGAAAUAUCAGUCUAUGGCGCAAAAAAGGAUGCAAGAGAGAAGCAUCAAAUUACUCAGUCAGACCUACCUGAAGCCCAGGGUGCUUAUGAGGAGCUGUACGUCAAUGUCUCAGCAGACACAUAUGAGAAAGUUGAUGCUGCUAUUGCACUGAUUGAGCUGCUCCUUACUCCAGUAUCUGGUAGCUCAGCAGUUCCUUCAACAAAUUCUGCCUCUGUUGCUGGAGACCAGAAGGAGACUGCUUCUGUUUAUAUGAUGACGCCCAUGCCUGAUGUCAAUCGGGGUAUUCGGCAGCCAGUGCUGGUGACUGCUCAGCCUGCUCUACCACAGUAUCCACCAUAUCCUGCACCUUGGGAUCCAGUUGCCUCAUUCAAUGCUCCACGUCCACCUUUUGGCUCCAUGCCUCCUUUGCCCAACAAUUCCAUUUGCGUUGCUCAAUCUCCUGCUGGUCCUCACAGCGUCGGUCCUUUACUUCGACAAAACCCUCCCUUUAGCUCUACUCUGGGGUCCUUGUCAGCUGGUGCCUCUAGACCUCAGUUACCUAUGCAAGCUAUGCCACAGCCUCUGAACCAGGCUACUCCACCUCGAAGCCUUCCCAUGCCAGCUCAGCGGCCCCCACCAGCAUAUACGGUUACACAAUCCCAGCUUAGUUCUACUGCACCUCCAUUCACGGCUUCUCAAUCAAUGCCUUCUGGAACAAUGCCGGCACCAAGACCACCUGUGCCUGUGAAUCCAUGGCCGGCAUCCAUAGCUCCUGCAGGCCAACUUCCCAACAGGCCAUUAAUUUCACCUGCUGUUCCUGGUAGUUCUGGAUGGCCCACUACACCUUCAUUUGUUCCACCAGGUCAAAGACCACCUCAGUUUGCUCCUCCCUCAAUGACUCGGCCUAUGAGGCCUCAGCCAGCUGUUUCUGCAACACCCAUUGCUUCAGCCUCUUCUGCCCUGAAUAUGUCUUCUGAUGUAGCCACUUGGCCUUCAGCAGUUGCUUCUGUACCUUCCCUACCAAAUAUGCCCACCAAUGUUAUUAAUGGACGUCCGCCAGCAAAUUUUGCCCCUCCAGCUGUGUUUCCCUCCCGGCCUUCAUCUGGUCCACUUUUUUCUACAAUGCCUCCCCCAAGUGGACCUGUUUCAACACCAGUAAUUAUUCCAUCUACCUCUGGAGCACCAUUACAUGCAUCUAUUUCUGCAUCGGCUCCGAGACCUCCACCAAUUCCGUCACCAGCACCGGGACCAUCACCUAUGCCGGUGCCGGCAUCAUCUCCCAUUCUUGGUCCUCGACCUUUUGUUCCUCAAACUGCUGCAUUAGUUAGCACAUCUUCCCCUAUUCUGGCUCAAGCUUCAGCUCCUUCCCCAUCUGUGCCACCAGUAAUGGUACGGCCACCUAUUCCCCUUCAAUCAGCAGCUAAUGGACAAGCACCAAGACCAGCUCAGCCACCAAUGCCAUCACCACAACCGCCAUCUGCAACACCUGUUUCCAAUUCUUGGAGCAUGCCUAGUUUCACUCCUGUAACACCAGCAUCAUCCACUGUCAAUGCUACUCCCAUUGUAGCUCCAAGGCCCCCCCGCCCAGUGCCCGGUGAUUUUACCUUUCAACCUGUCAGAGCUCAAGUUCCAGCUUCUCCGACCACUCCAGGGCCCAGUAGUCAGUCUGUACACCAGACAUCUAUUCGACUUGCUCCACCGCAAGCACCAUCCUUCCGGCCAGCCAUGCAGAACCCAACACCCCCACUUAGCAGUCAAGGAUUUCCUGCAUAUCUGGCUGCUAACCAAACAGGUCCAUCUCAAGCUCCCAUCCCACCAACACCAUCAUCUGUUGCCCCCUUCUCUGUGAACCCAGCUGUCAUCCAACCAGCAGCAAGGCGUCCAGUAUUUCCAAGCACAAAUCCUGGCCCACCAUUGGCUCCAGCAACUCAAAUGGGUCCACCAAGCUUUUCUAUAGCACCUGCAGCAUCCAGUCUGCCUGAUAACAUGUCUGCCCAUCUGAUGAACUUUAUGCAACCACAUCAGAAUCCGUUGCCUCCAGUAAACAGACCCAGCGGUAUUAUGAUAGGUGGCAACUCUCCUGGUUUCAUGGCUGGUAAAAUCUCUUCGAGUCCUGGAGGGAGUCAAAUCUAUGAUCCCUUCUCUCCAACAUCAAUUUCAUCAGCAUCAACAAUGCAGGGAGGUGAUCCUGUGAAGAUUAGAAAACCAGAGUCAGAUGCAGAGUAUGAGGAUCUAAUGGCAUCUGUGGGUGUAAGUGAUUCAUCUUGUAAUUUUGUGGGUUUCAAACAAGGUUUUUAACAGAGAUGAUUACAUGUCAUGUGCGGGUUAGAAUGUUAUGUCUUGGAAUGAUCUCAGUCUUGAUGUCAGAGGAGAGGGACCAAAUUAUCAGUUUUAUUGCAUGGCUAAGUGCAUUAGAAGUUAAAAGCACUCGGAGAGAGAUGGUUCUCAUCAGUUUUAUGAUGGACAGUUUCAUUAUUGAAACCUUGCUGUUCACCUCAUGUAUCAUGUCGGUUUUUCAUAUUAUCAAGUGAUCUUCUGUAUUUGGUUUUCC